UCAUUUUUUUCAAGUAUGAUGAUCAAUGCCUAUCUGAGUGUAGGUACAUUACGUGGCCAAGUGGAAGGGCAUAACAUUCAUGACAAGUAGGCAGGGCCUCGGUGUCACUGGUGGAACGCCGUAUGGGUUUGAUGUUGGCAAUUCUGAAAGAGGCAAUGUUCUAAAAGGAUUGGAUCUCGGGGUUGAGGGAAUGAAAGUUGGAGGCCAGAGGUUGGUUAUUGUUCCUCCUGAGCUAGCUUAUGGAAAAAAGGGCGUUCAAGAAAUUCCUCCUAAUGCAACUAUUGAGCUGGAUGUCGAACUACUAUCAAUCAAACAGAGUCCAUUCGGGAGUCCUGUGAAGAUCGUUGAAGGAUAAUUGUGCAUUGACUUCUGCAGAAAAUGAUGUAUAUUUGAACAUGCUGGAGAGUGUUACUGCAAGAAAGGGGGCUAGAUGUAUCAGAUUUCAGUGGUGCUAUUGUGUAAAUAAGUGCACCAUAAUGUAAUAUUUGACUUUGGAGGCUUUUUUUUUGGCUGGUUGGAGAAUAAGCAAGUUCCAUAAAUUAUAGUAUAUAUUCAAUUCCUUUUUGCAUUUUUUUCAGGUACAAUCCCUCUCUGUCUCUGUCUGUAACACACACAGUUCUCACUUGUAUAGCCUUUGCAGCUUCA